AUGCUUAGUAUGGUUCCUCCUACACCAAAGCAAAACAAAAAUUCAAGAUUAUCGCUCGAUUUAUCCAACUUACCAUCAUUUAAUGGUACUCCAAAUAAUCCCAUAUCACCUGUCUAUAGUGGGAUGGCUUCACCGACAUCUACAGUUCCGGAUUCUUUCUAUGCCGGCAAAACACAUGCCGAAUUAACGGCUAUGUUGAAAGAAAGAGAGAGAGAUAUAAGUCUUGCUGCGGAAAUCGGUAAAAGUCUAUUGGAAAAUAAUAUCCAAUUAAAGGCAAAAUAUGAUUCAAUGUUGGCUCAAUUACAAAAUGUCCGCAAUCGUAAACGACAACAAAACGGAUAUAGAAGACCGGGAGAUAGACAAG